AGAGGGCAGUAACGCGCCACACACCAUUUACUGUAUCGAAGAAGACCCACCUCUAUAGCAUGUCUUGUAUGGCGUUUGCUAGCUGAAAACUAUAACCGUAGUUAAUAUUUUGUUUAGUCAAAAAUGAGUCCUAUCUGUGACUGUUGCAGCGAACAUGUAAAUAUACUGAAACAGCAAGUGUCUGUGAUGCGAAAGGAAAUCAAGAAUCUUCGGCAGAUGCUGGACACUGCAACCAGAACUCAUCGCAAACACAUGCUUUCCAUUCAGUCUGCUGUAUCAAAAGUCAGUGUCCAGGAGCCCGAGAAAGCCCUGCCACCGCCUCCACCUGCCUCAUGUCAGGCGGCGUUAGAACACGGAAUCAUCCAGACGGUCCCAAUUGGAUACAUAAGUUCAUGUUUUUCUGUGAAGAAUGGGACACCCAGGCAGCCCACCGUCUGCGGACCCUCGAGGGCAGAGCUGCGACUGAAGCAGAGUGUCUUCAAUAACCCAGAGCACGCCCUGCUGGGACUGGAGCAAUAUUCUCAUGUCUGGGUUAUAUUUAUCUUUCACAAAAAUGGGCACAUGCAUUACAAAGCCAAAGUGAAGCCCCCCAGGCUGAAUGGUCAGAGGGUGGGCGUGUACUCCACUCGCAGUCCGCACCGACCAAACGCUUUGGGCCUAACCCUUGCAAAGUUGGAUAAAAUUGAUGGUGACACAUUACAUAUUUCAAACAUUGACAUGAUUGAAGGCACCCCAGUCCUGGAUAUCAAACCUUACAUCCCAGACUAUGAUUCCCCUUGCACAAGGAUAAGCAUAGACUGCAAGUCCUGUCAAUCAAGUGCAGACCAAUCAGAUUGCAUCCCUUUGUCACCUAACCAGCCAACGGAAGGUCUGUUAAACGUAAAAGACGUCAAGUCUGUUGCGGAAACUCCAAACCUAGAUGGAUGUAAAUUCCCUAACUCUUUGACCGAGCCUGGAGACACUCUCGCCAUGCUGGAGGAAAUGAAGGCCUACCUGAAUCAAAGUGACUUGUACCAGGGAAGCUGUGACCACAAACACGGAGCUUCAGACCUGCAGGGACCUGAGCAAGACCAGCGGCCUUGCUAUAGAGAGGAGGCCUACAGUACCAUUGCUGGCUGGAUCAGAGAACCACCCGUUUCCAGUCUGGAGGUCCGGUUCACCCCUCAUGCUGAGAGGGAACUAGCAGAAUUCCUUCCCACAGGCCAGCCAGGACCGCCUAAAAGUGACCGGCCGAGGUUCAAGUUCCUGCACAGUUCACAGGAAGCUGCUACAGCUAUCAGAGGCGUGCUGUCAGCAGACCCUCGAUCGGUCUACAGGAGGACUCGAUGCAAAGACAAGCUCUUUUUCUUCACCUUAGAUACAGCUGACAUAACCUGCUGGUUUGGACAAGGCUUUGUUGAGGUGCUGCAGGUGCGACCCAUUCAGUCCCAUUGACUCCACAUAAAAAAAUUUGAAAAGCCCUGUAGGUUGAGGUCAGACUUUGUAAUCUACUUUGUAUAUUAUAGAAUGUAUAUCUGUACCUCUUCUUACAUCACUGUCAUUAUAAUCAAUAAAUGA